AUGGCUGAAGACAAGGAGGCUUACCUGCGGAACGUCCUCUCGCAAAUCACGGACAAGAGCAAACCUGCUCUCCAGCGUUCACUCACUCAAAUUGAGCAUCCAGGAUUUAGAGACGCAUGCAAGCAGCGGCAGGUUCCAAGCGUACCAGAACCUGCGUGGCACAAACCCAGAGACGAACAAUUCUUCACGACCGAUAGUUUCGGGAACAGGAGACCAAAUACUGAGUUUCUGAAGAAUCACUUCCUGCGUGAAGGUCGCGUCACAGAGGAGCAGGCACUUUAUCUUCUUCAAGAAGGAAAGACUCUUCUAGAAAAAGAGCAAAAUUUACUGUCUGUGCAGGGACCAAUCACCGUAUGUGGCGACAUCCAUGGGCAGUUUUACGACCUUAUGAAAAUAUUUGAAAUUGGCGGAGAUGUCGCACACAACACCUACCUAUUCCUUGGAGACUACGUGGACCGAGGGUGUUUUGGAAUCGAGUGCCUCCUUUACCUGUAUAGCCUGAAGAUAUGCUAUCCAAAUCAACUAUUUCUCAUCCGAGGAAAUCACGAAUGCCGACAUCUCACUGAAUAUUUCACUUUCCAUCGAGAAUGCACCCGAAAAUAUUCUAUGAACAUCUACAUGGCAUGCAUAGACUCUUUUACAGCACUGCCACUUGCUGCAGUUCUUGACCGUCGUUUCCUCUGCGUGCAUGGAGGCAUCUCACCGGAACUCAACUCUCUGGCUGACAUUAACCGAGUGAACCGUUUCAUUGAACCUCCAUCUCACGGUCUAUUGUGCGACCUUCUCUGGGCUGACCCUGCACCGAACUUUGGGAAUGAGUCAGAUGGUGCAGUGAAUGGUGUUGUGCCCGAGUCUUUCUUACCCAAUCCCGCGAGAGGCUGCUCAUACUUCUACACGUAUGAAGCAGUAUGCAAUUUCCUUGAACGAAACGCUCUUCUUGGAAUAAUUCGUGGGCACGAAGUUCAACAACAAGGAUACCAGAUGUAUCGCAAAACCCGGGCAAAGAAGUUCCCAUCGGUGAUCACGAUUUUCUCCGCCCCGAACUACUGCGACUUCUAUCACAACCGUGCAGCAGUCCUAAAAUACGUCGAUAAGAAUAUUACCAUUCGACAGUUCAAUGCCACAGGCCAUCCGUACUGGUUACCGAAUUUCAUGGAUGCCUUCACCUGGAGUUUGCCCUUCGUUGGUGAUAAGAUUGUGCAGAUGCUUUUGGGAGUACUCUCCGUUUGCUCAGCAGAAGAACUCGAAGAGCCAUCAGAGGAUGAGGAUAAGGCUGUGGCUUUGGCGGAAGCGGCAGAGAACGAAGCAGCCAUUCAGCAGCGUCGAGCAGCAAUUCGGAACAAGAUCCUUGCUGUCGGCAGGAUGCGGAGGAUCUUCCAGUUACUGCGUGAAGAGGCGGAGACUGCUUCUGAGGUGAACUCGGCGGUGGAAGUGUCAGGUCCAGCUGCCCACGGUGCCGAUGACGAACUUGGUGUGCGCGGGAACCAAAUCCGACGCGCUAUUCGUAGCUUCGAUGAUGCCCGACGGUCAGACAUGACCAACGAGCGUAUGCCCGAGUUCCAUGUACAUGACGACAACGCCUUUCCUAAUCUGCAAGCUCCCUCGACACGUCCGCGCUCGCACUCCGGUAGUAUGGACGAUGCGGACCUUGAGGCUAGGAUCCGCAAGACACUCUUGGACAACGAUGAAGGUGAAGGUGAUGAAGCAGAGCGCGAGCUUCGUGAGCUUGCGGACAAAUUGGCGCGUAUUCGCGGCUCGACACAUCGCCCUGAUGCGCUGAAGAGACAUGGGACGGUAUGA